GGCCGCAGCCUGGCGCUGCGGGCGGCGCGGCACGGCGCGCACGUGACGCUGGUGGCGCGCGACGCGGCUCGGCUGGAGGCGGCGCGCGCCCGGCUGCUGGCGGCCACGCCGGGCGCGCGCGUCCUCUGCCUGCCUGUGGACGUAGCCGGCGAUGCGGCGGCCGUGCGCAACGUUGUGGCGCGCGCCGAGCAGGAACUGGGGCCCAUCCACCUGGCCGCCUGCUGCGCCGGCUUCGCCCUGGCGCAGCGCUUCGAAGAGAUGCCGCUGGAGACGUACCGCCGGCUGAUGGAUGUCAACUACUUUGGCGUGGUGAAUGUGCUGCACGCGGUGGUGCCGGCGAUGAAGGCGCGGCGCGAGGGCCGGCUGGCGCUAGUGAGCUCGCUCGGCGGCGUGGUCGGCCUGUGGGGCUUCGCCGGCUACUGCGCCUCCAAGUACGCGCUGGUCGGGCUGGGCCAGACGCUGGCGCAGGAGCUGAAGCCGUACGGCGUGGGCGUGACGCUCUGCUACCCACCCGACACGGACACAGCCGGCUUCGAGGAGGAGAACCGCACCAAGCCGGAGGAGACGCGGCUCAUCUGCGCCACGGCCGGGCUCUUCUCGCCGGACGAGGUGGCCGCUCAGCUGCUGCGCGACAUGAUGCGCGGAAACAUUACCAGCACAGUGGGCUCGGAAGGCAUGCUUAUGACCACCGUCGGUCUGGGCAUGGGUCCGGUCAGCUCGGCCGGCCAGUUAGCGCGCGAGGUGCUGCUCAUGCCGUUGUUCCGCCUGGUCGUCGCCUUCUUCCACUACUCCUGGGACGGCAUUGUGCGCGACUGCAUGAACAAGCGCGACGAAAGCAAAAAGAGCGAGUGAUGGCCGGGGCAGGGUCGACGCCGCUACGCAGGCCGGUUCUAGUCGCCAGUACGGCAGAUAACCGCGUAACUUGUCACGUGCAACGGAUGCCAGCCGCGAGCAAACUGGCGAACGCUUGUAGAAGCAGGACUUCUACGUCCACCACCGGGCCAAAUGGCUUUUGUUGAUUAUGCACUUCCUUUGUUUGUAUGCAUCUAUAUGCCAGUAUGAAGUGUGCAGCGAUGCUUUUUGAUAUCUAUGAUUUGGUCGUUUGGGACAUGAUUAUGUAACACUGCGCGUAUGCGAGUGUGCGUCUUGUCAUUCCGUCGCUCUUCGGGUUACACGACGUUAUCUGCAAUACUCUAUAACACGAAAUCAGGUAACUAACGGCGCACGUACUUGAUCUGAGAUGGUGAAAUGGACUUGUUCCGAACGGUAACGGUCAUAGCAUAAAUAUAUAUUUUUUAAGUGUG